AUGGGAAGCACGAUUGGUCCACAAACUCCCGACACCAUGCGCGUCCAAAGACUAGAACCCCAACCGCAAUACCAACAGUGUCGGCUUGCCCGCUACCAGAUGGCUGCUCCGCUUGUCAUUCACCGAUUGGCGGCUGGCGGGCGCAACUGCGCACCACAACAUCGGGUAGUGCUCACAGAAAUUACGGGCCAAAGGAUGAAUUUCGCCACAACGCCUUUAUCAACGUCGGUCAUUCGGUCUACGAGGAUUCACGACGCGACGAUGCACAGCAAAAGAGGCGACCGAGCGAGCAAGAAGAGAGCAAGUGCAGUGCAAUGCAACGGUCGAGCGAGAGCGAUACAGAGACGAAGAAACGCGAUUUCGCUUACCAAGGAACAGGCUCGGAUACUCAAGAUCCAUCUGAAUGCGCCCGGCACAUGCACCAGCGCCAACAGCUUGGAUGCCACCAAUCACGAUGACCAACGAUCGCUUGGAACAACUGCACCAACUUGCACCAGGAUCAAGACCAGUCGCACAACCGAGCUACCUUUCCAUACCCUGGCUUUGCAAUCCAACCUCUUCCUUGUCACUCGAACCGAUGGACACGCUUUCCAUUGCCCGCGUUCAGACCACAGUGUGUAG